UCUACACUGUUAUUAUGUACUUUGUAAAACAUGACUGAAGUUACGUGAUGUGAGUGGGGGGAGUUGAGCGUCCACGAGGAUCAUUCCUGUUGGUUCACAGCCUGCAGGCAGGAGGAGCUAGCCGCCGACAAACUGCUAAACAAACAGACCAUCAGAUAUGGCCAGCCAGGCGGACAUGAAGACCAUCUGCACCAGGCUGUAGCGGUCAACACCCCAAGUCCAGGCCUGACAGUGAGGAUGAAAACGAUACCCCAAUGACCUCCUUUGGUGUUGCUGUCCGAGGCCUCCCCCUGGCCUUUGCGUCCAUGACACAAGCCACCACCUCAGACUCUCGAUUUCACCCUAAAUGGCGGGCGAUCACUGUGGCGACCCUCCUGGCUUUAGUGCUCAUGCUAUACCUGCACCGGACUGUAGGAGACAGAGGCUCUGCUGCCAAAGGUUACUACCGAAACGGGGCUCACAGUUUACACAUGCACAGUGAGGAUCAGGAUGCCAUCUUCAGGGACACUAGCAGACAAUCGGCAGGAACCCUCUCCCGCCACCAGAAAAGGGAAAAACCUUACAAUGACACAUAUCCAUUAAGUCCGCCAGAGAGGACAAAGCAGGGAAUCCGCUACCGUAUUGGUGUGAUUGCAGACUUGGACACGGCGUCGCGCAGUUCAAAGGAUCAGACGUGGUUCAGCUACAUGAAAAGAGGCUACUUGACUGUUUCAAAUAGUGGAGACAGACUGGAGGUGGAGUGGGAUGCUGAGAAGGUCACCCUGGAGAGUCAUCUAGCUGAAAAGGGACGAGGUAUGGAGCUGUCCGAGCUGGUGGUGUUCAACGGUCACUUGUACAGUGUGGAUGACCGGACUGGUGUGGUGUACAGGAUCGAGGGCACGCAGGCUGUUCCCUGGGUUAUAUUACCUGAUGGUGACGGCUCUGUCUCCAAAGGAUUCAAGGCAGAGUGGCUGGCAGUGAGAGAUGAGCACCUGUACGUUGGUGGCCUGGGGAAGGAGUGGACCACGACCUCUGGUGAAAUCGUCAACAACAACCCAGAGUGGGUGAAAGUUGUUGGUUACCAUGGUGAUGUGGAGCAUGAGAACUGGGUGCCGCACUACAAUGCCCUGCGGAGCGCUACAGGGAUCCAACCACCAGGCUACCUUAUCCAUGAAUCAGCAGCGUGGAGCGAGCGUCUCCAGAACUGGUUCUUCCUCCCUCGCCGUGCCAGUCACGAGCACUAUGACGAGACUGCAGACGAGCGGCGUGCCACCAACCUCCUCCUGUCCUGCCCUGCAGAUUUCAGCUACAUAUCAGUGCGGCAUGUUGGGCCGCUCAACCCUACCCACGGCUUCUCCUCGUUUAAAUUUGUUCCAGACACGGACGAUCAGAUCAUUCUGGCUCUGAAAUCCGAGGAAGAUGCCGGCAGGAUCGCCACCUACAUCAUUGCUUUCACACUAGACGGCCAGGUGCUGAUGCCUGAGACAAAGAUAGGGAAUGUGAAGUAUGAAGGGCUGGAGUUUAUCUGACGAGUACAGGGCGGAGGGUGCACACAUGCCUGAAGACAAAAUCCGCAGGGGUUCUCCUCCUCCUCCUCCUUGGUUUAGAAGAUUAAAGGAGCAGUUCACUACUACUCACCCCUAUAUUAAUGGAAAGUCAGGUUAAGUUUUGUAGUCUAAACAUUUGUGGAGCUUCACAGCAAAACAACAUUGCAGUAUUCUCCUAAACAACUUUCAACUAGAAGCUUGGAGAUUGAAAAAAAUUUGUUUGAAAAAUGUGUUUUUCGCACUGAUAUUUUUAUUGAUAGUACAGCUCAAGAUAUGACAGGAAACAAGAUGAGAAAUAGGGGGAGUGACUUGCAGCAAAGGGCAUCAGGCUGGGACUCAAACCCAGGGCUGCCACAGCGAGGACAAAGCCUCUGUACAUGAGGUGCCCACUUUACCAACUGAGCUGAGCAGCGCCCCACACUGAUUUUUUUUAAACCGAAUUUUUAACUAUAGCUGCUAAGGUAAAAGUUUAGUUAGUGUGCAGCCUGUCAGAAGUGUGUCCAAAAGCUCAACCUAGUGAUGAGGAUGUAAAUAGCUUUUCACAACAAUUUUGAAUCUCUGGCCUUAGAUAUGGACUAUGCUUGACUGUAUGGAGCCAUUUUAUUUUGUCCUCAUUUACUUCAGUUUUGCUGUGAUGCACCAGAAAUGCUUCCCAGACCACAAAACCUUGUCCAACUUCUCAUCUGUACGGGGGCAAGUAGGAAAUGACAAAAUGUAAGUUUUUGGGCAGACUGUUAUUUUAAGAAGUUGACUUGAAACACUGUGCUGAGUGCUAAGAGCUACAUUCCGCUUUCAGCCCUGAUGUGCAAUAAUAUUGACCCAAAGUUAUGUAUUUCAGAACUAUCCAGAUGAUAGUUGAAGAGAAGGUAAAAGGGUAGGAGAAUGCCGCAGCACAACCACCAAGGGAGGAUGAUUACCAACGAUUGACCAGCUCAGCUUGUGUGUGACUGUCUCAGGCAGUUAGCCUGUGACCAGCUUUACACACCAGUCACACAGAAGUUGUCACUUUUUAGUCAAACCCCUAUACAAAGAUUUUUUUUAGAUUUUAGGCUAUAUUGACACCAAAUGAAGCAUUGCAGCUAGAAAUUGAUCUGCCAGGGACCAGAAUCAGCGUUUUUUGGGGGGACUCCCACCUCAGACCGAUAGAAACACACUAAGUAUUUGGUGUUAUUGACCCAGAGUAUGUGCACUGUUGCAAUUUCAGGUCAGUGUAAGAAUCUUUUUUGCAUUUUGCUGUCAUUUACAAUCGCGCUUUCUAAUGCCUUUCUCAUCUCCUCUGCUGCCUGUGUGUUUCACUGUCGCAGCAGAGUCCAGAGAGACACAGAAGGGCAGAGACAGGGACGUAACUCAAAUUGAUGGCAGGAUGUGUUGGGAUCUGUUCUACCCGUUUUUGUUUAUUACUGGUAAUCUGGCAUUCAAUCCUUUAGGAUAAGGAUCUGUAGUCGAAACCAUAGCAGCAAUAUUUUUUUUUUUACCAGUAUACACUAUGUAAAUGCUAUAUAAGAGGAAGCUUAAAUUCAUUUAGGCCUGCUGUGAGGCCAUCUUACAGUUUUUGUAAUUAGUUUUUUAAAAGUGUUUUAUUAUGAAAAUACAAUUGAAUGUUCCUUUGAAAAGGUAAAAAGAAAUGUGUGUGAUGUUAUUUAUAGUUCAUGGAAAGUAAGCAAAAUCUGGAUUGAACAAAAUCAGAAUCAGCAGGUCAGACUUAGACUGAAUUGGCCAAAGAAAAGUAGUCAGUGCAUCUCUAGUUGCAGUAAUUAGUCAUUACAAGUAUUACCCACAUUUAAAUUAAUGGGUCGACUUGAGUUUUCGCAGCAAUGCCUUAUUUAGUGUGAAUACAUUCUAUAAGUUUUAACUACUUCCUGUCAGUGCUGAUAUUUUAAUCUGUACCUUGUGUUAAACGUCAUGGUUUGAUUACACACUACUGAUAUCCCAGAGGAGUCAUGAUCAGUCUGUCAAACACCAGGUAAUGUGGAUCUCCUCUCCUGCAGCCAAAACUCUGCUGGUCAGACACUCAGGGGAACAAACAGGAUAUAACAUUAUUAAAAAAAAAAAAUGAAUGUCCUUAAGUUACUUGAAAUAAACAUACUCAAGGCUUUGUGUUAUAUCUGACCAUGACACACUGAAGUGAUUGGACUUAAGGUCCAGCUCAAAUGUUGGUUAACAUGCUAAGAAACUGAAUAUUAUUCACUUCUCAGAGAACGAGUGAAACACCAGCUGUUUUAUUUAAAGAUUAAUGGUUCAUGUACUUAUUUUAUAUCCUCUCGAAGUACAAGUAAUUAAAAUAUCUACUCUUUGAA